GUAAUUAAAUAUUAAUUAAAUUAAGGGAGCAACUGCAGGACGUUGACGUAUAUAACUUCUCAUCAUCCCAGUCUUGAUUUUCUUCCCUGGUUUUUGUUUCCUCUCCACUUCUUGCCCCUCUCUCUCUCCCUCCCUCUCCCUCUCCCUCUCCCUCUCUCCUCUCUCCUCUCCCUCUCUCAGUUUGUAGAAUAUUUCGCUGUGCUUUAGGGUUCUUCCUGGUCUCUCAUCGAUAUAGGAGUGGAAGCGGAAAGACUGACACGCUUGCGGCGAUGGUGACGGCAGUGGCGGAUGACUGGACGAAGUCGGCCAUGAGAGACGGCGGAGUGGUGGCUGAGAGGCUGCUAAGGCUGAAGGAGGCGAAGGUGAAGCCGUUGGUAUUCGGGAGUUCGGCGGUGGCGGUACUCCGGUGGGGAAUCCGGCAGCCGCGGACUCGUUCUCCGAGAGGCGACGGUGUUUCGCAGAUGAAGGACACUGAUUCGGCCAAAACCUCGAGAUGUAGUCCCAGUACCCCGCUAUCGUGGAGUGGCGGUUGCGGUGGCUCCGGCGGUGGCGGUUCGUCUUCUCCCUCCGCAUACGCCGACGGUUACGAGGCCACGAGUCGCCAAACCAGCGGCUCCUUGGCCGUUGGAUCUAGAUCCAAGAUUGUAAUCACUGAAGACUCAACCGGCUCUGGCUUCGGCACCAAAAGAAUAAGGAUAAAGAAGACAUUUGCUGAACUUAAGGAGGAAGAGGACAACUUGUUGAAGGAAAGAAUAUCCUUGAAGAAGGAGAUUGCCUCGCUCCGUGCUGAUUUCGAUGAGCAGGGAGCUGAGAGCGAGAGCUUGAAGAGAAUGAAGUUGGAUCUGAAGAAGAACAUCGACCAGAGUGAACCCUUGUUGGCCCAUCGAAAAUGGGAAAAGGGAUCAUCAGUCGAGCUUCAUCAACAUUGCAAGACGGAGGGGGAGGAGAUGGAGAAGAUGACAGACAAUGACAACUUCUUGCUUCCGGAUCUGAAUAUGAUGCCUUUUGAGGACAACGUCAAUGAUUGUUCUCCUCCUUUGUGUAUGGGACAAGAAGGGUAAUAGCCGAAUUGCCCAAGUGGUCAUAAAUCUUUUUGAUCAGCGAGUGACCUGAUACUGUAGAACUCCUACGGGAUCGAGCAACGAGAGUCUCUCCUUGGUGCAGAGGUUUCGUUGUGCAGAUUCCUGGGGAUUGGGAUCGAGAUAUUCCGGUGACCGGACAAGUUUCCUCCGUCGGGUUCUCUCACUCGGGUUUAUUAAGCGAUAUGUAAGAUCGAAAGAGAUGAGAGAAGAGAAGAGGCUGAAUAUGUAUGUGUAUGUAUGUGUAUGAAAGCAGCCUGAUUUUCUUGUAUUUGUUUGUAGUAAAUAACAUCAGGGCUUUGUUUAUUUUGGUUCCGUUAAAUAAAAUAUUAUUAGUCCAA